AUGAAUUAUUUCCCUCUGUCUAAAGAAAAUAACUGUGAGCUCAACGACGCUAACAAAGACAUGGAGCCAGCGGCGAUGAAAUGGAGUCAAGGAGGAUAUUAUUUUGACUCGGUGAGAGGCUACACGGUGAAGGUGAGAGAUAGAAUCAUUAGUUGUUGAUAGAAUUGUCUUAGUUUUUCUUUUCACUUAAAUUUUUAUCACAAGAUAGCGCGCGAGGGAGUUACCAUACUAAGAAUUCUUUUUAUAUACCUGGACUUUCAUUCAACAAAACGAGAACUGUAAUUGGUUAAUUCUUGGUCACGUGCCCCUGAUAAAAUUCAAAUGUAUCCCGACCGGGAUACAAUUGGGCGUUUGUUACCCACGCGCCAAAUACAACAGCAUGUUUUUGCCAUGUGACUGUUUAUGGAAAAGUUUAAAUAUAUAACAAAUUACUGAAUGUAUAUUUAGUGCUCGUCAUUGCAUCCAUAACAUGAAGUGUGCAGUUUCACUUCGGCUAAAAGUCCCAUUUAGUUCAGCCCCGAGAAUUCAAAACUAUCACUGAAGAUUGUUUUUCCGUUCUAUCCCGCUUGAGAUAGACCUUUGUAGCUCAAAAUGAAAACAAAAUAUACUGAAUAAGACUCGUUUCGAAAAAAGCAAUGAGCAUGUAGCUCUUCGAGCGACGUAAUUAGUUUCGGAGUUGACAAUAGAUUAUUCACAAACGCGAUGAGAAUUAUGGAACAGAGCUAAGUUUCUGACUUCAACUGAGGCUUUGCGACAAUGGAAACUCUUCAUUAGAACGGAAAAUAUACUUUUGAAGCGUUGAUAUAUAUCAAAGUUUUGUUUAAUAGGAGAUUUUGUGUUAGAAAUCGUACGAUUUUCAGAAUUUUUAGAACAAAGCUAAACAAUUUUUGGUUAAUAAAUUUUUUCCUUUUGGAGCAGAAAAUUUGCGAUUCCUUGAAUAAAGAUUUGGUCUCAAAAUAUUUCUUGGGCGCUUUUACCUUGUCAUUUAUUCAUAGUUUUCAGGUAGAACACGAUUACCUGGUAAAUCCGACAAAGUUGUAAUAAACUCUUUUCUUUCGAGCACAACUUGUGUCUGCAUGCUAUGUUAUAACGAAAUUUGUUCACGCUUUAGCUGUGCGUGUAUCGAGUUAUGGACGGACUUGGGAAGUUUGAAAAUCACUCAAGCAACUCUUACGCUUCUCUCGUGCUCUUAAAGCCUAGUUCCUACGUGCAUCUAUAACUUGAUGUAGGCAAGUUAAGACCAAUUCUUUUUUGUACGUCUCCCCCCCCCCAAUAAAUUUGUUUCUGAAUAUCUGCACUGCUGAACUUAACUUUAAUCAAGGAAUAGUUUAAGGAAAAAAAGGUUCAUUUUCAAUUAGGGUGGAGAAAGCUACAUUCCAGGGAUACAUCGUUGCGUUAAUAGAUGCUGCAACCAGAAUCCCUGCCUCAACGGUGGAGUAUGUCAGGAGAUUUGUGACAACCACAGCCCCAGGUUUAACUGCACCUGUUCUUACAAAUACACUGGUAAGCGUUGUGGUCAGACUACACAUCCAAGAAACUGCAAAGACAUCGCUAACAACGGAGCCGCAGAAUCAAGAAAAUACGAUAUUUUUGAUUCAGCCAAUAAACGUUUUUCUGUUUACUGUGACUUGCAGUCAGAACCUGGCUUUGUAUGGGCACUGAUACAGUCCUUAUCCAUCGCCAAUAAGGCCAUGUAUAAGGAUAAGGGGUUUGGCACGGAUUUGCCUUUGAGUUACAAUAAAAAUGAACCGGACUGGAACUCUUACCGCCUUUCCUUAUCACAUAUGCAGUCUCUCUCAAAUCACGCCACACAUAUGAGAGUAACAUGCAACUUACCUGCAGACGGCCUGCAGUUUACGGACUACGCACGCGCAGUUCUGGCAGGUCAUGACAUAUUCGGUGACUGA